AUGGCGCAGGCUCGGUGCCAUAAAUACUGGCCGGAAUCUCUUGGCGCGGGGCUUGGCACUCCUGUUGCAACACCCGCCCAUGCCACCUUCAUCGAACUUCACUUCCUCCCACUUCGACAGCACAUCUCUCCGCCCAAUUCGAGCCGGAAAAAGGGUCGAAAGUUCGCAAGAAGGAUGAAUCGACUGCGACAAAGCUUCGGCCGUUUGUUUUCAGCAGAUAACCGUCCGGCCCGAAGCUCGUCUGCUUCGUCAAAUGAGCUUCCGGAGUACACCUACAAAGCUCUGCGAGCCAAUGAGAUCCGACUGAUAUACCUCUUACCCGGUAACUAUUACGAUGUCGUUCGAUUCCAGAUCGAACACGUACCCCUGGUCAUCACAGAAGACUGGGAUCCUCCCAAGUCACACACCAACAAAGACGUCCACGCAGCGCUUCGUGAAGGCUUCCAAUGCCACAGAGGACCUUUUAAAUCGCCUGAAGGCCGUUGGUGGUAUACCGCUUUGGAACAAGAUGAAGAGGUCAUCAAGUACUGCGAGCCGCAAGACCAUGAGAUCUCACAUUUUGUCGGAACCGAACCAGCAUUUGAAGCGCUUUCCUAUGCAUGGGGGGACAAGUCAAGACGACAAACCGCUGAAGUAUUCCAUGCCACUCCGACGGGUUUGACGCGAUACCGGCUGGAAAUUACUGCAAAUCUUGAUACUGCUUUACGACAUCUAAGGCAUUAUUCUGAGAGCCGAACCCUCUGGGUCGAUGGGAUUUGCAUCGAUCAGGGCAAUAUUGAGGAGCGAAGUCGACAGGUUCUGCGCAUGCGACAUAUCUAUGCAUUGGCAUGGAGGGUAAUUUCAUGGCUUGGACUUUCCACCGAGAACAGUAAUCUUGCAUUGGGAACCUUGCAAUACCUAGGCCAGCAAGUAGAAAGUUCAGAAGACGGAUGGAUCUACCGAUCUACUGAAGCACAGGAGCCACAUUGGUGGGAUCGCUCGAAAGCGCUGCCCUAUAGCCAAUUGCAGUGGACUGCCAUUGAAGACCUUUUCUCUCGGAGCUGGUUCAGACGACUGUGGGUCCUCCAAGAAAUUGGGUUGGCAAAUCAAAGUGCAAUGUUGUACUGCGGAGUUGACUCGAUCUCGUGGUAUUGUCUUCGACGUGCUAUAGUUGCCCUCGAUGGCAGACCAGGCGUUCCUGCUUCCGUCAAGGAGUCGGUAUACAUGAAGAGAAUCAUUGCAUACGGUAAACUAGGGUGGUUCUUGAGAGAGGUAGUGGCACUGUCCCGUCGACAUACUUGCAGUGAUCCUCAGGAUAAAGUAUAUGGCGUUUCGUCCUUUUUGGGACCAAAAUUACUGGAGCAGAUGCGUCCGGAUUAUGGACUGUCUCUACUGGAAAUCUUCACGGAUAUUAGUGUCAAAUACAUGCAGCUCACCGGACGACUUGAUCUGCUGACUCUGAUCUCAUCUUUGGACAAGAUUGAACGGCCCUCGUGGGUGACUGACUGGAGGUCAUUUCCAACUGGUGCCUCUACUCCAGGCUACUAUUACCUGGCGGCUGGAAUGUCCUGCGCAUACAUCAAACACACUCCCCCAAACAUCCUUGACGUUGUAGGCCGUAUCAUUAUGACUGUGGAAUCGGUGAGCAACAAGGCUGGAAGUGACGACGAGAGCAUUGUUGCAACGUUGCGACAGAUCAGGCCAGAUAAUUUGUCAGAGGGAACGUACGUGACUGGAGAGCCAAUGUGGGAUGCUUGGCUGAGGAGCUUGACAAGAGAUCUGUCCCAAGAGCGUCAUCCAGAACGCAUCAAUCGGCCGACUCUGGCACAGCUUAAAGACCUUGCACGGCCAUUGCUUGAAAACACGCAGACGCCUGAUGAUGAAGAGUCAUUGAAAUUACUGGUCAAAGACGCCAAAUUGAAGGGCACCAUAACGCGAACAAAGUUCUUCACCACAGAUACAGGACACAUUGGAUUCGGGCCGAUCGACAUGCAAGCUGGAGAUCAGAUAUGCCUGCUCCUCGGGUUCUUCACACCGCUCUUGAUUCGAAAGACAGAAGGUGGCGAUCGGCAAUUUCGCGUUCUCGAUUGGGCCUUCGUUCACGGUGUGAUGGACGGCGAGGCUCUCCUCGGCCCUUUACCGGAAGGCUGGACAGUACAUUACAGGCAGAAAGAAGGGAGAUGGAGCGCACGCUUCGUUGACGCUGCUGGCAACGAAUAUCUGGACGAUCCCCGACUAGGACCUCUGCCCCGUGUCUGGCGCCGCUCAGAAAUCCAGAUUACUGCCGACGACCCCAUACAUGUCGACUAUUUCGAGAACAGCGAAACGGGAGAGAUAAUCAAUUACGAUCCUAGAAUGUCCGCGGAUGCCUUCAAACAGAGAGCAACGAAGCUGGAAACAAUACGCUUAGUGUGAUUGUUUGUAGUAUCUGAAGUUUUCAGCGAAUGCUACACUAC